AUGGUGGUCACCACAGAUUGCGCCGAUCGUCCACCAGAGGGUGCUGCUGAACCUGCAGCGUCACAGCGUCUCACAGCCGUCAGGAAAGAAGCGACCGCUACACUCCGAGGGGUUGGAGACAAGAAAAGCAUCACAGCUGAGUCUGGACAGAACGUCACUCUAACAUGUCGAGCUCCAAACAACAAAUUCAUCUUAGGUGUAGAGUGGAGCAGAGCUGACCUGGAGACAGAAUAUGUGCUUUUUUACAGAGAUGACCAGUUUGAUCCAGUCAACCAGCAUCCAUCUUUUAAGAACCGAGUGGAUCUGCAGGACAAACAGAUGAAGGAUGGAGACGUGUCUUUGAUUCUGAAGGAUGUGACGACUAAUGACAAUGGAACAUAUGAGUGUCGUGUCAAGACAGGAACAAAACAUAGAAAGAGAGCAAUUUUAAAUGAUAACCCCAUCAGCAUCAUCACACUGAGUGUUGUUGAUCCUCCAGGUCAACAAGGAGGAGAAACAGAGGAUGGAGGGAAGGAGGAUGGAUCUGUUGGACUGGCAGUCGGUUUGUCAGUUUCUGCUGUGGUUCUUGUUGCUGCUGUUGUUGGUUUUUUGAUCUACAGAAAACAUAAACCGCAGAGUCAGGAUUUAUUGUAGCCUCCUGAGUAAUUGCAGCAUAUUUGAAAUGUCUUUAGUGUUUUUGAUGAUAAUGAUGUUUGGUAAGAGAAGCCUGCAUCGCUACGGUAAAUGCAAAAUGGAAUUCAGUUGCCCAAUAUCCAAAUUUAAAACAAAAAACAAAAAAACAAACACACACACAAAACAAGCAGGUUGAGAACCAGGAGCAGCUGAUCUGUCAGCCUGAGACUGGCAGGGAUUUAUAAAAACAAACAUAUUCUUUAAUAUCACUGAGACUGAACUUCUAGCUUUGUUUUUUUAAUUCAGUAGGUUAAUAACACAAGAUGAUAUAUAUUAUAUGUUGAAAGUGUUAAAGCCUACACUCUUUUACUAAGUGUGUGAAUAUAAUUGGCUUAUGGCAUUUUGUAAAUAAUAAUACUUAGCAGCAAUAGUAGUAGAAAGGUACUGCACAGCAUCUGCACCACUGUUUUUAUAUUUUGCUUGGAAAUUUGGAGUUAGUUGCAGAUGUUUAUUAAAACGUGCAAACGCGUGAAUAUAGAGGAUUUAGGCCAAAACGUUCUAACAAGCUGAGUCUAUAUUUGGUGUUAUCAAAGCAAAUCCAUGACUAAUACUUGCCAACUGCAUGUUUUCUUGUCCUGGUAUGAUUUUACUGCCCCAGCAAUGUUAUUGGGAUCACUGUCAUGCUGAAAAAUGUAACUGCUGCCAAUCAGACUCUUUCUAGAUGGUAUUACACAGGGGAUCAAAGUCUAAUGAUACUUUUCUGUCUUCAUAAUUACAUCACCUCUAACAAGUUCUCUAACACUACUAACUACAAUGAAACUUCAAAUCAUAACAAAACCUCGACCACACUGCAGCCCUUAACGAGAUAUGUUUUUAGCUAAUACCUUAUUUACAAUCACUUUGUUGUUGCAUAAAUAGUAUUUUAUGCACUGACAAAGUGUGUAUUUUUUGAUGAUUAUUAUAUAUUUAAUUAAACAAAUUAAUUAAAUAUGCAAUUUUGUGACUGGCUGCUGGUAACAAAGUGCCUAAGUUGUCUGUUAUCCAUAGGCACAGAACUGGUUCAUCCCUUGAGUAAGGAUCUUUUUUAUUUUUUUUUAUGGUUGAAUAAUUCAUCAGUCAAUGUUAAGUGUCCUAAAGAUCACACUCAAGAUUCCCUGUGUAAACUGGACUGAAAGUUAUUGGAAACCUUUCAUAACAAACAAACCGAUAUUUAUGCAGAGAUCCACAGUUACAGAUUGUUACAGACACUCAACCAAGUACAGAAACACUGUGUCAUAAUCUGACUAUUAAUAAUCUGCCUAAUAAUGUUCAGGAUCCGUUUAGCAGCUAUUACUGAGUAAGCUUUGUGGUAGAUAUUAUGAAACCAAAGAGAAAUCUGUCCUUUCUCUGAUCUGUGAAGCUUUGACUUUUCCUUCCAUUUAGGAAACUCUUACGUCUGUUACUUCAGUUUAAACAUUGCAAGACUUGUUCAUAUAUUGCUGUUUGUGUAUUUUUUAAAUUUCUGUUUAUUUGUUUAUUGUUAAUAAAAUGUUGCAAACAUUG